UCUCCCCGGAAGUGCAGGGCCUGGCAGCUGUGCAGCCACCAUGCUGGCCCCGGGCGGCCGCCCUGAGCCAAGGACCUGGCUCGCUCUGUGGAGGCAGAUCUCCUGGCUCGCCUGCUGGAUCGCCCUGUGUGCAGCGGAGGCCGUCCCCGCCUGCCCCUUCCCCUGCACCUGCGAUGGCCGUGGCCUGCAGGUGGACUGCAGCGGCCUGGGCCUGACUGCGCUGCCCCCGGGCCUGCCGGCCGCCACGCGCAGCCUCCUGCUCCUCAACAACAGGCUGAGCUCCCUGCCCGGCGGGGCCUUCGCCAACCUGUCGGGCCUGCAGCGGCUGGACCUCUCCAACAACUUCCUGGACCGGCUGCCGCGUGCGGCCUUCGGGGACCUGGGCAACCUGACGGAGCUGCAGCUCCGUAACAACAGCCUCCGGGCCCUGGACACCGCGCUGCUGCGGCCCCUGCCGCGCCUGCGCCACCUGGACCUGUCCCUCAACGGGCUGGCCCGGCUCCCGCCCGGCCUCUUCGACGGGCUGCCUGCCCUCCGCUCCCUGUCGCUGCGCGCCAACCGCCUGCAGAGCCUGGACCGCCGGACCUUCGAGCCCCUGGUCGGCCUGCAGCUGCUGCAGGUGUCAGACAACCCCUGGGAGUGCGACUGCCACCUGCGGGACUUCAAGCGCUGGCUCGAGUGGUUCUCCUACCGAGGGGGGCGCCUGGACCAGUUGGCCUGCACCCUGCCCAAGGAGCUGAGGGGGAAAGACAUGCGCAUGGUCCCCAUGGAGAUGUUCAACUACUGCUCCCAGCUGGAGGAUCAGAAUAGCUCAGCCGGGCAGGAGGUCCUUGGGCCGCCCUGCACCAAGGCCAGCCCGGAGCCUGCCAAGCCCAAGCCGGGCCCCGAGCCCGAGCCCGAGCCCAGCACCGCCUGCCCCCAGAAGCAGAGGCCGCGGCCUGUGAGCGUGCGGCGGGCCAUCGGCACAGUGAUCAUUGCGGGCGUGGUCUGUGGCGUGGUCUGCAUCAUGAUGGUGGUGGCCGCCGCCUACGGCUGCAUAUACGCCUCCCUCAUGGCCAAGUACCACCGCGAGCUCAAGAAGCGCCAGCCUCUCAUGGGUGACCCGGAGGGUGAGCACGAGGACCAGAAGCAGAUCUCCUCCGUGGCCUGAGAGCCCGCCAAAGAGGGUGCGGGAGCAUGCUGGCUCUCUCUCUGCCAUCCCCUUUCCACCUUCCUCCCAGUCUCCGCAGACUCUGAGCCUCUGGAAGUCACCAGCGUGACCAGCUCCUCCAGGGCCCCCCAGAGCUCUGGACCAUGGGCAGAAAGGACAGGUGUGCCACAGAGGCUCCUGGGCCCGGCGCCCCCAUGCCCCUUCAGCCUUCCCUGCAGUCACAGCUCACAGCCUGUGAUGCUCCCCACCUCUGGCUCGACUCAUCUCGCCUGCAUCCGGGGUGCGGGGCCGGUUUCUGGGACUCUCUUCUGAGCUGGGCCGAUGUUGGGCCCAGCUUCCAGCGGCUGGGUACCAAUGUGUUGUCAGACCAGCCCUGCCAUUGGGACCAGUGCUUGGAAACCCAGCACCAGGCCCUUGCUGACACCGCCAGGCCCUGCAUUACCGACCUCCCUGCCCCGCUCACUGGUCACUUUCCCAGUUGCUUGGCGUUGCACUCACAGUCGUGUGGGGACAGAGGUCGUAAGACCUCGGAGAGCAGAACCAGGCCUUCCCCUUGGUCUCGGCACCCAGACCACGCAACCUCCUGCUUGCUGACGCAACCUCCCGCAGCUGACAGGGAGAAGCCCAAACCCAUGGCACGGGGAUUCCUUUCAGAUCCUCUCCGGGGGCCAAGGUGGAGCUGCUGGAUGAGGCUGCUUGUUACCAUGGUAACCCGCUAACACCUCUCCUGCUGGGCUUUCUGGGGACACCACUGGUCCAGAAGCCUCGAGGCUGCAGUGUGUGUGGACGGCGGGCCCUUGGGGGGUCCAGCUACAGACCACCAACUGGGCUUGUCCUCAGGGCUGCUGAGGUACAUCCCUGCCAGGCCCUGUGGGGAUCCCCACCCCAACUCCCGCAGCCUGCAGCCCUAGAACUGUUGCUCUGAACCUUCAUCCCCCCGCCCCCACCUUCAGCAUCCCUGGGCCUGUGACCUCGGGGCAGGGGACUGGCUCAUACUCUGUGACUGCCCUGCCAGCACAUCCCAAGCAGAUGCCGGGAGCAGGGAAAGCCACUUGCGUUCUGCUCAGAGGUGUCAUUGGAAGGGGGGGGUCCCUUUCCCAGCGUUCUGUCCGCUCCAUCUGGCUUUCCACAAUCCUCACAGCCCCUGGACUGGGGCCCAAACCAGAGCACAGCCCUGGGAGCCCGUCUCUACCCAUAACCCCCAAGCCACCACAGGGACCGAGGCUGGGGGCGGGGGUGAGAGGGGGCAGUGCGGGCUCUCCUUGCCCAGGUCUACCCCCUUGGUCAGUGUGAUCUGAGGUGAGUCUGGGGCUCUCUCUGCAAGACACCAGCCUCCCCAGGCUUAUGGAGGGUCAGGUGCCGUCAGGCUGGUUUUUGGCUCUGAGAUGGGAGGUUUUGGGGGGUGGGUACCCAGAACACGGGUCUGAGGCAAAACAAGGACGGGGGUGCCGUGCGCAGGCUGCCCACCCGGCUGACCACAGUCUUCCUUCUUUUGAGGUGCUGGCUGACACCGGAUCUGGGGAUUCGGGGAGUGGGGGAAGGCUGGGCAUUGUCAGUGGUGGAGUCUUAGCCUGAGACAGAAGAUUUUUAAAGGCAAAAUUAUAUUUCUGGUUUGUUGUUUCAGAUGACCAAUAAAGACUGUAUUUUCCUA